AUGAAACCAGACUCGAAGCACCGGGCUCUUGGAAAUAGAUUAAGAAAAUUCGGGUUCUCACUGAGUCAGUCGAAAGUUAACUGUUCAGCGAGUAGUAAGAAACACCUGAGUCAAGUUAAUCGUUACAAAGGAAUCAAACCACGCAUCUCUAUACCAUUGAAACCUACUGGAUAUAAGAGUUCGAGACUUGUGCACAGAAAAGACGUACAACCAUCAACCAGUAGAAGUGAAGAGGGACGCCAUAUUGAAAAUCCAAAAUCUCAAAGUAACCAAAAUCCUCAGACAGGAACAGCACUUCUGAAAGAUUCGGUCGAUGCAAACGAAAGUUCAAUUGACUUAUCCAAUGUGCCAAAUUGGUUACGCGAAACAAUUCAUCCUAUAAAAAAUUACUUUCGUGAAGACCUUUCAAAACUGGAAAACAUGACUAAGAAUCGUAAACAUCAAAUGGAGAGUAAUUUGUCGUCAUCGCAGCUUAAUUAUGCCAGUGUGCAUAAAACACUUAAAGCUGCUAAGGACAACCUGCCCUGCGAUAUUGAUGAGAUCUUCUCAAAUCUCGGUUUAGGAACAUGGAUAAACGAAUAUAGAAGCGGAUUCCGCGAUUGUAAAGAAGAGAAGUUAUCAGUGGGAAAAGAUACAGGUGGUAGUCGUGGUGUUCUAGGUUGUCAAACAUCAUCAUCAUCAUUACCAUCCUUGAAUCCAGUUGAUCUAGAUAGAGAAGAAAAUUUGAUGAAAGAAGGAGUUAGAAGGACGCAUCCUGAGCAUGGCCAACUUCAACUGAUAAACACAAAGACAUCAGAUAAAAGACCAACUGAUGAGGAGAAACUGAAGCCUUCUACAUCGAAUUCGCACAACGCUGGAUGUGGUAGUGAGCUGAAGAAGGCAUCCCAGUUAUUAACAGGAAAGGCUUCCUGUCAAUUGACGAAUUCAACAACUCAUCAUCAGACAUCUCGAAAUCCAUAUACACUUAUGCAGAAGGAUGCGCUAGAUCGUGAAUUCUUCGCGAAGCUAAUCGAGGCUAAGUGUAAUGAAUACGAAACUUCAAGGCAAAUGAAGAAGCACCGCGAAUACAAAGGUGGAGAAAUUAAAAGUCGAGGGAAGCAUAGAAGUUUUGAGGACUACGCCUGCAGACCGUCAACUAGCCUACACUAUCAACCCAUUCCAUCGACGAGUUUUGAUAAAGAAAACAAGGAGAUUAGGGGAAGUAUCUCUGAUGAAUGCUUCCAUAAACUGCAUAGUAAUCAGAGAGGAGAUAAAAGCACUGAAACGCCGACUAUACGACAGAUCUCUCCACCUCAGCAUCCUAUUUGGGAUACUCCAGCUGACCUGCGAACGUCAUCAAAUUACUUCUUCCGGCCAUAA